AGGUUCUUAACAAGAUGAAACCUACUACAUAGUACUACUGGAGAGAAGAUCAAGGAUAAGUACCCCCCUGAAGAGCUCGCUCUUCCUGCCUAUGUCCAGUUCUCCACAUUAGAAGCUUAGUGCUUUUUGCCCUGUGUUGAGAAAAAAUCCUACAAAGCAAGAAUACAAGAACUGCUACAAUGUUAUAAGAAUUACUCUAACAGAGGACAAGAGACUGUUCAGACCCAUCCAUGCCCCAGGCAUCCACACCUCAGAAACUAAGAUCUAGAAUCUUUCUUCCAAAAGCCCCAAAGAAGAUGCUCUCAUAGUUUUAUUAGUGAAGCAGUUCCAUAGCAGCUGCACUUUUUACAAAAUGAACAUUUUUCUGUCAGAGACUUUGUGUAAUUUCCAGUCCUUUGACCAAUGGUGUUACUGUUAUGAAUACCAUUUUAUUAAUAUAUGUAAUAUAUAUUCCAAACAGUGGAGUACUAUUCAGCCUUUAAAAAGGAUAUUUUGCAAUAUCAUGACAAUAUGGAUGAACCUUGAGGACAUUAUACUAAGUGAAAUAAGCCAGUCACAGAAAGAGAAAUACUACAUGAUUUCCUUUAUAUGAAGAAUCCAAAAUAGUCGGAUUCAUUGAUUUACAGAGUGGAAUGGUGGUUUUUCAGGGGCUGGUAGGCAACAGGAAAUGGGCAGUCAUUUAUCAAUGGGCAUAAGGUUUCAGUUAAGUAAGAUUUAACUGGGAGACCUGUAUUUUAUGUGGUGACCUUAAAAGCAAGUGGAAGGCUCUUUUUCGUGGCACCUCUGAGGUGGUAGGCCGCUUCAGGAUGAAGCUGAACAUCUCUUUCCCAGCUACUGGCUGCCAGAAACUCAUCGAAGUGGGUGAUGAGCGCAAACUGCAUACGUUUUAUGAGAAACAUAUGGCCACAGAAGUUGCUGCCGAUGCUCUGGGCGAGGAAUGGAAGGGUUACGUGGUGCGAAUCAGUGGUGGCAAUGACAAACAAGGCUUCCCCAUGAAGCAGGGUGUCUUGACCCAUGUCCACGUCCGCCUGCUGCUGAGUAAGGGGCAUUCCUGCUACCGACCCAGGAGGACUGGAGAGAGGAAGUGCAAAUCUGUUCGGGGUUGCAUUGUGGAUGCCAAUCUCAGUGUUCUCCAUUUGGUUAUUGUGAAAAAAGGGGAGAAGCAUAUUCCUGGACUCAUUGUUACUACUGUGCCUCGUCGCCCGGGGCCCAAAAGAGCCAGCAGAAUCCGAAAGCUUUUUAAUCUGUCAAAAGAAGACGAUGUCUGCCAGUAUGUUGUUAGAAAGCCCCUAAACAAAGAAGGUAAGAAACCUAGAACCAAAGCACCCAAGAUUCAGCGUCUUGUUACUCCACGUGUCCUCCAACACAAACGUCGGCGUAUUGCUUUGAGGAAACAGCGUACUAAGGAAAAUAAGGAAGAGGCUGCAGAUUUUGCUAAACUUUUGGCCAAGAGAAUGAAGGAGGCCAAAGAAAAACACCAGGAACAGAUUGCCAAGAGAUGGAGGCUGUCUUCCCUGAGAGCUUCUACCUCUAAGUCUGAGUCCAGUCAAAAAUGAGAUUUUCUAAGAGUGACAAAAUAAAUAAGAUCAGACACACACACAAAAAAAAAAGCAAGUGGAAGGUUUGCUGGUGAGGGAAAGUACAUCUUGGGACAGUGGGAAGGAAGGGGCAAUGACGAUGGAAAAGAAGAUACAUUAACUUAAUUGAUAUAAAUGAAUUAGGCUAACAUAAUUCUGGGGCAGACUCGGUUACAACCAAAGCUAGAAAACUCAGUUCAACCAAUCGAUUGAGUGCCUCUUGUGCACCAAGUAUAUGAUACCAUAUGCUGAGAAAUUGGGAUUAAGAAGACAGAGUCACUGACCCAGAGUAACUUGCUCUCUUGUGGAAGAAACAAAUAUGCAAAUUGAUAGUAGAAAGAAAAUGUUAGAAACAAAAUCUAAAGUAAUGUUGCAGUACUGAUAGGGAGGAAGGAGUCAUUAGUUCUGCCUGUGAGUUCAGAGAGAACUCUUGUAGGGGAAGUGAUGCCUAAAUUGGAGUCUAAGGAAUGAAAACAAGAAAGCACAGAGCAGUUUAUGAAAGGGCAGGUGUGAUUGCAAGGUUGGCAAGCUGUCAGCUGUGGUAGGAAUCAGGGACACCUAUAGAUGGGAAGGUAGCUUGAGAUCAAGUUAAAAGAUGAUCUAGAAUCAUGCCAUUAGGGCUAUCAUCUAAAGGUUAUGGGGAGACAUUCCAACAGGGAGAAGCAAGAUCUAAUCUGUAAUUUAGGAAAUGAUAAUAGAAAUUUAAAUGGCAAUAUAAUUGAAAAUUUUAAAAAGAAUGGAAAACAUAGGACUAAAGUUGGUAAAUAAUUUUGUGGUUUUUCUUUUAAAUGAUAUCAUUUUGGGCCAGUUUAUGGUUCAUUCAUAAGGGGAGCAAUCAAGAAUAGCAAAGAGUUUGGACUUGAGGUCAGAUGGUGCCGGGAUGAACCCCGGCUCUUCUGCCCUGACAAAGUCACUUAACAUCAGUCUGCAUCUGAAAGAUGAGGGCAAAAGGGCACACUUCACGGGGAUUUAUGAGUUUUAAAGAAAGUGCUUUGCAUAUAAAAUGCUUAGCAUAAAAUUCCUGACAGUGCUCAAACGAUAACAAAUUGUCACAAAUUUUGAUAGAAUCAAUGUAACUUUUUAAACAAUUUUUACCUAUAGAGUUUGUUCCUAACUCACAAAUUUAGACCUCUCGUCCCGUUGGACAUUCCAAACUCACAGCUGUUUCUAAAAGUCGGGGGCCCCAGGCACACAUGUUCACAUCUGGACCCCUUGUACCAGACCGUGCUGUUUCCCAGGCAGCAGGUUCUGGAGUGUCUUUUCUUUAACAUCAUGGGAGGCUUUCUGGCUCCCACUGUUGUAGUCUUAGCUCCAUAAGGGCUGUACCAUUGUCUGUGUAAUGGUCCUGUCCUUAGGGUGUUCCAGAGUUUAAUGAAGUUGCUCUUUUUGAAUUUUUUCCCCUUUUCUGUUCUCUAUACAAGCCUGCUAUGUGUCCAUUAGGGAUUUUGGCAGAAAAAAACAUGCUGUCUUCAUAAAUCACCCCUUUCCACCAAAGACCACAACUUGCCUGGGUUUCACUUGCCUGGGUUUUAGCCUGAUGCCUCAACCUGACAUGUUCCACGAGGCUCCUCGGUCGCCUGUUAUAAGGAGAGAUUCUUCCCCUGUUGUGCUCUCCUUGCUGUCCUGUGCAAACAACAAAAUAAAGUAGGGAUUAUAAGUAAAAUAAUAUUUUUUCUUUAUAAGUCGAUGCUGCCCAUUUGAGUUACUAUAGUGGUGAGCUGAGUAUCACCACAAAGGGGCAGGUGGGGAUGGAGGGAGCCUGAAUAAAGUUUUUACAAUCUGCUGAUCAGUCUCUAUGCUGCAUUCCUAAAUCCUCAAGUCAUAAAAUAUUCAUGACAGGUGAAGUUACAUUAAGUCAGAGUAUGAACAGGAUUGCCCUGUGUUCCCUUCCCUCAUCUAGGCAGGGAUGGCUCUCUUUGCCUUAGAGAGCCAACAGACUCGGUGUGCCUCCUGUCCCGCUGACCAGUAAAUCAGAGACAUAUGUGGCUAAUCAUUUUUCUCUUGCAGCAUGUUUACAAAGUCAGCCCACCACAUGUCCUUUGCAUUGUGUUCCUUGCUGCCAUGCCCAGAUAUGCCAUCUGCUGAGCUCUUAGGCACUAGUUUUAUAGUUGUGGGUAUGUGAGAAAUUAGUAUAGAGAAGCCUACAACCUGGACAAGGAUAAACAGAGUCCCCUGGAGGGGGACGCUGGACAGGUUCACAGAUCACAGCAGCUCUGAGUAUAGGCUGUGGACCCAAACCCCUAUUGAGUAGAAAACCUGAUAAAAACUCCUUAUGGAAAAUCUGGCUCAUUAGUAAUUAUUUUCUCAGUAUAUAUUAUUUUCUC